CUCGCGGCGCGCGUCACUCCGGCCGCGGCGAGCGACCACUGCGCACCGCCCCGCUCGCUCGCGCCGCCGCUCGCGACCGCACGCGCCCGCUCCGCGAAGUGAAUCAAAACACCCGGGUCUCACUAAACUCCGCAGUGUCAGUUCUGUGUUAAAGUGAAAAAAAACUACAAUAAAAUAAAACCUCAAAUACUUAGUAAAACAACGACAUACCGAGUGGACACCUGUUCAAAUACGAUUUGUUUAAUUUUGAUGGAUUGAAGGUUUCGACGUGCCGGUGUCGAGGAAUUCGUUCACGUUUGACGACAAACAAACAGAAGUGGGAAAACAAAGGAUUCUUGAGACGUUGCUUGCUUAGGUGCAGGCGACAGGUUGUAUUGUGGAACGUGCGUGAACACCGCUUUGAAAGUAUUGGAAACUCUGCCCAGAUACGCCGGGAUGUUGUGAAGCUGGAGGUAGCACCAUGAGCGGCAAGCUGUCCCGCGGCCGGCUGCGCUAGAGAUGCGCUCCAAGCAGCAGCCGCGACCCUCCUAUCGCUGGCUCAACACUAACGAAAACGAAGAAGCAACAAGUCCAGAAGACGUGAAGGAGCGCGGCGAGCGGGCGCGGGGCGCGCGGGGGAGCGGGGGAGAGUCGCGGUCAGGGUCCCCCGCGUCCCGCGCGUCCCCGCCGCCGGACGAGCGGGAUAUCGAGCACAGCAUACCCGCCACCCUCAUACAGGACCCCAAUGCUGAGAGGGAGAGUCCAAGAUGUUUGUCACGGGAGUCGUCCGGCGCGCCACGAUGUCCCUCCAACGACUCCGUGUACUCGGGUCGGAGCGCGCCGAGUCUGCCUCUGCCGGCUGCGUUGCAAGCGGCGCUCCCGGCAGGUCUCCCCGCGGCGCUCCUGCCCCCCCACUCCGCUGCCGUGGCGGCCUACCUCGGCGCAGCCGCCGCCGCCGCCCAGCAGAGGCUCCUCAUGUCCUGCCAAGAAGAUAUGACAGACUCAGAACGCGCUGACGCAGUACUAGACUUCAGCACGAAGCGAAGUGAAUCCCCCAUCGAUGAUGAAGACGACGAUGCCGUCAAUCUGAGCAAAAACGAAAACGGCCCCUUAGAUUUAUCAGUAGGCACCAGAAAACGAGGACCACAAAAUUCUCCAUCACCCGUUCCUACGAGAAAAAGUUCACGGACGGCUGAUUUUAAACCGAUCACUACUCCGUGGACUACGCCGGUUGCGCCACAUCUUCCUUAUUUUGCAGCAGCUGUUGCAGCUGCUAGCUUAUCACCUAAAGGUGGUGUCCCACCAGACUGGAAUGGAAAAUUAAAACAUGGGACACCGACACCUAACGAUGCAACUAAAGCGCUUGAAAAAAUGAGCGAGUUAAGUAGGUUAGGUGGAGAGGAGUUAUUUAGGUCAGUUCAAAGCGCAGCUUUAGGAGCCGGGCUCACUCCUAACGCAGCCGCUCGCCACUCUGCCUGGCAGUCGCAUUGGUUGAAUAAAGGCGCCGACCAAACGAAAGACGUUUUGAAAUGUGUGUGGUGCAAGAAAAGUUUUAACUCUUUAGCUGAUUUAACUGUUCAUAUGAAAGAAGCUAAGCAUUGCGGCGUGAACGUCCCGGUACCACCAUCGGGCGGUGCACCGAUCCCUCCUUCACUUCUGCCGCCUUCUAGUUCACCUUCGACGCCAUCUUACAACUCUUCUUCGUCGAGCGGAUCGUCUAAACCUAAUCACAACGAUCUUAAUAUGCUAAUUAAGGAAAACAUGCCCAUACCUAGAAAACUAGUCCGCGGCCAAGACGUAUGGUUAGGUAAAGGGGCCGAACAAACUAGGCAAAUAUUAAAAUGUAUGUGGUGCGCCGAAAGUUUCCGCUCUUUAGCCGAAAUGACGAGCCACAUGCAGCGCACCCAGCACUACACUAAUAUUAUAUCACAAGAACAAAUCAUUUCUUGGAAGUCUUCAGAUGAAGCCAAGGGCUCCAACUCUAGCGCACCCGGUACUAAUAACGCGGUUCCUCCGACGACAGGGACGAGUAGUCACGUUAGCGCUGUUUUAACUUGCAAAGUAUGCGACCAAGCGUUUAGUUCCUUAAAAGAAUUAAGUAAUCAUAUGGUUAAGAACUCUCACUAUAAAGAGCACAUUAUGCGCUCGAUAACUGAAAGCGGUGGCAGACGACGACAAACGCGCGAAAAGAGAAAGAAGUCCUUGCCUGUGAGGAAACUUCUCGAGCUCGAGAGAGCCCAACAUGAGUUUAAAAAUGGGGAGGGCAACGGAGUCCCUAUGGGAAAACCUAUUAGGGAUUUUGGCUCUGGAAGCCGUAUCACUUGCGAGAAAUGCGGCGACAAAAUUGAGACUGCUGUAUUCGUAGAACACAUCCGACAAUGCAUAGGCGCGCCCAUGUCGAAUAGCCAAAGGAAUUUUCUAAAAAGUGCUCUACUUUCCAAUAAUAUUAUUCCACCCGACGUGCCCGGCCACAUCACUCCCACCAGUCGCGACGGACGUAAGAGUAUCAAUGACGAAAUUCCCUCACCAGGGUCGACGCAUCACCGUUCACCUUCUUCGGUUAACGAUUCUUCUCCUAGUUCUAAAGAUCACAACGUCAGCAACGAUAAAAGCUCAUCACCAUCCGUACUCAAUGCCAUAGAACAAUUAAUAGAGAAGAGUUUCGAUACUCGCUCGCGACAUUCGGUCCCCGGUAUGCCAGGCGGAGCUUCCCACGCCCCUAUUGGUUCUAGUAUUUUAAAAAGAUUAGGUAUAGACGAGAGCGUAGACUACACGAAACCUCUGGUAGAUCCACAAACGAUGAGCAUGUUGAGAAAUUAUCACCACCAGCAAGGCUACGGUCGUCGAGAGCGCAGCGGUAGCGAAUCUAGUUCCAUGUCCGAGAGGGGCGGCAGUAGGGUGGAGUCUCUCACGCCGGACAGAAAGUUGGAUUCGUAUCAUAUGACCCCGCGUACGACUCCCGACACUCGGGGAUCCCAGACCCCCGCUUCGGAGGAUCGCCCCGCAGAGGUCAGGAUAAAAAAAGAAAUCACCGACGAAGAAGAUAGGGAGACUUGCGUAGACUUGAGCAGUCAGCCGGUCAGGGUUAAAACCGAAGUGGACGAUGACGAGGAAGCGAGGCCGAACAGUGUGGCGGACGAAGACGUGAAGCCGACCGUCCCCAAGCGCGAGAGCGAGGGUCCGAGCCCCGUGCCUAGCCCUCGCAGCCCGGCCAGCGACCGCUCGGCGCCCACUCCCGGCGCUGACAGAAAGCCGGCUUCCAGCCUAGGCGCGCUCUCCUCCAUGUUCGACAACCUCGCUGGGGGAGCCUCCUCCAACGAGCCCAGCUCGUCUCGUCGCGGGGGUAGUCACCCCCUGGCGGCCUUGCAAAAACUAUGCGACAAAACAGACACUAAUUCUUCCCGCGCACCGCCCCCCGCGCCGUCCCCCGCCGGGCCGCCGAGUAUUUUAACUUUCAGUUGGGCUUGCAACGACGCGGUAGUCACAGAUUCGAUAAUGAAAUGCGCUCUUUGCGACACACCGUUUAUUUCGAAAGGCGCGUACCGGCACCACCUGUCCAAGAUGCACUUCGUGAAGGACGGCGCACUGCCAGAGCCGGUGCCGGUGAAGGCGCCGCCGCCCGCGCCGUCGCCGGGCGCGCACAAGUCCGGCUCCACCGCCGCGUCGCCCCAGGACCCGCGGAGUCCGUCCCAGUCGUUCGACGAGAGCCCGCACUCCAAGUUCCUCAAGUAUACGGAGCUGGCGAAGCAGCUGUCCAGCAAGUACGUGUAGGCGGCCGCCGUCCCUCGUGAUGAUCUACCAUAUCCCGCUGCGCUGAACCCCCCGGGGUGUUAGGUCGCGCCGCGACGUUAAGUAUUUCGAAACUCUUUGCCAAUUUAAUUAUUUAGGUAAUCGUUAGAGUUCACCGCAUAGUUCGGUUAGUGUAAUUAACGACUAGCGACAUAAGUAUACGCCAAACGUCUUACGUUCGUUUAGAUGAUAAGAGAAUAUUUUCAAAAUAUUGCCUUUAGGAGAAGAGACGGACGUCGCGCUAUCUUCCACACUAUGUUAAUUCCAUUUCGAUAAUUGUAAAUAUUAUAAGUCGCAUUAAGUCUUAAAAGUUCGAUUCGAUCUCUUGUAAAUGUAUAUUUUUUGCUAAUGAUCCAAAACGAGAAUGAUCGUUUGUAAUCUCGUCGCUCGCCCGCCGCGACUGUCGCUCGUCAGCGCGCGACUGUCGCGCGGCAGGUAGCCGUCGCGUCGCGUCGGUCUGUCAGUAUUUAAUAAAAAUUCGUUGCAAUAUUAUCAUUUUUGUGUUACUUAAUUUUUUUAUGUAAAUCAGAGUUAGGGUUAGCAUGGUUCUUAGUUUGUUUAUGUAUAUUUUGAAGCUUGUUUUCGUUUCGUGAAGCGUUGAGAUCCGUCGAUGCCCGCAAUCUCGGAGAUCAAAUCUCAGCAGUCGGUGGUGUACAUACGACUGGUAUAGCAUGCAAUACAAUCUCCUUAGUGUAAAUUUCGCUCUAGACACGCUCUCCUCGUGAGGUUGCUAUUUAUUAUUUAGUGUUAAGUAUAUCUUAAGCGACUCUACUGUGAAAAAAGUGUAUACCAUUGUACCAGUGCAUUCGUCGGUUGUCCGAGUCAACCUUAAUUGUAUUUAAAAAAGUGAUAAAUUAUACAUUUUUUUCUUUAAAAGGACGACUACAUUCGUAUACGUUUAGGACUCGCUGUAACGAGGUUUCUUCCAGUUGUAACAGAUAUACGAUGAUGUAUAUACGGUAAUGUGAGUGAAUAGCUCUUUUAUAUAUAAUAAAAAAUAUUGUAAACUGUUUAAUGUAAGUUUCAAACGAUAUCAAUGUAACGGCAUAAUGUGAUUUCCGCUCUCGGAGCAUCAUUGUAGGGGUUUUCGACGUGAAUGCAAUAAAAGUAGACGGAUCUUUUACUGAUUUUAAUUCGGUAGGGUUGUUACAAAAUUUCUUACACGCUGCAGUCGUGCUCCGAGAGUCUCCAUUCUUAGUAAGAGUCCGCUUCGCAAAGUUUAGAUAAGUUAUUAUAUUAUUUAAAAUGAUAAUGUAAAUACAGCGCCAUCUAUUGAGGACUAUAGAAGCUUUCGUCUUCAUAUUAAAUUGGCGUAAAUGAAAAUAAUUUGUUUACAGUAGCAAUUACUCAAAAAAUUAUUUAUUAAUGUAGGUUUUGAGAAUGUUUUAUAUUAAUUUACUUUUACGAGAAAGUCGAGUUUAUACUAAUUUUUAAAAAGAUUCAAGAAAAUACAUUUUUUUUUGUUUUAAGAAGUGCAAUGCGUGUUGAAUUAUAUAAGACAACUUUAGGGCCGUUAUGUAAUGGUAACUUAAAUGGUUUGCGAUGUCAAAAAAUGUGUAAAAUUGCUAACGCAAACUUUUGAUUUACACGCAUAUUAUUGCGUAUAUUUGAAUUUUCUUGUAAUAUUAAUAUUGAUAAUUCAAAGUAUUUAUAAACUGUCUGUUUAAAAUUAAAAAGAUUUCAUUUGUAGAUGUUCUCCUGACGCUAAAAUAUAUUUCACUAUUUUCAUGUUUAGUAUCAAUUGUUACAAAUCAACCGAAUGUUGGAAUGUAUAAAUAAAUAAUGACAACCCAGUGAGUUCACUAAUUUCCACAGAAAUUUAAAAUGGUGAGACAUCUACGAUUUUAAUCUUUGUCUUUGACAUCAAAAUUUGUACGGACUUUGUGAAUCGGACUCUAAAAACUGAAUUUUAACGAGAAAUCGUAAACUAUCAUUUUAACGAUAAUAAUGAGAAAAACAUACGACAAAUAUAAUGUAUACGCUAGCUCUGACGAGGAAUUUUGCUCAUACUUUAAAAAUUGAAAAAAAAAUGAUGUUGAAUAUUGAUUUUACCAAAUUUAAUAAUCUUAUUUAAUAUUUUAUGUUGUAUUUCAAAAUGCAAUUAAAAGCUCAAAGAAAUAUAUAUGUUAAAUACUAAGAA